AUGGUAGAGGAGAUGAAAAAGUAUAAGAUCAAGGUGUUGGGUAUAUGCGAAACGAGAAGAAGGGGUGUAGGAGAGAGAGUUCUUGAGGAGGGAUAUGUAAUGAGAUACUCAGGAGUAGCUGAUGGAAGGAGAGCUUGCGGUGGAGUGGCUAUUGUAAUAGAUGAAGAAACCAACACCAGAGUUAGAAGUUGGAAAGCCAUUAGCCCUAGAAUAAUAAGAGUAGAUCUAGACCUGGAAGAGAAAAUUAGCAUAAUCCAAGUAUAUGGACCAACAGAAGAUGCAAAUGUGGCCGAGAAAGAUGAAUUCUGGAUGCAGCUAGAGAGAGAAACCAUUGAAGCUGAAGAAUCAAGGAAACUUGUAGUGAUUGGUGAUUUCAAUGGAAGAAUCGGAAUGGAUGAGCAGGUGGGGAAUGGGUGUAUGGGAAAGUAUGGAUGUGAGGUGAUUAAGAAUAACAAUGGACAAAGAUUGAUUGAAUAUGCAUCUCAACACAAUUUCCUCAUAGGGAACACUUGGUUCAUUCAUAAGAGAAUCCACAAGAUUACAUUCGUUGGAGAAGGCAGAGAGGCAGAAAGCAUGAUUGAUUACAUUCUCUAUCAAGGAGAGCUUAGAUAUGCUUUUAGGGAUGUGAAGGUCAUAAGGGGAGCAGAACUGGACACUGACCACAAACUUCUGGUUGCGGACACAGGUUUUAGAGAAAGAAAGGUUUGCAGACAGAAAGCAUACAGGAGAAUAAAGCAUGAAGAGUUGAGACUUGCUGAAAAUAGAGAAAAAUAUAAAGUAGAGCUCUCAAAUCGGAUUGAAAAUUUGCAAAAUGCUGAAGAUAUGCAAAAUAAUGUUGAUUUUAUUUGGAGUGAAUUGAAAGAAGUUAUUAUGGGUGCUGCUGAGGAGGUAUGUGGCCAGAAAGUAGUAGGAAGGUUUAAGAGAAGAACUAGAUGGUGGUCAGAAGAAGUCAAGAUGAAAGUUAGAGAGAAGAAGAAAGCAUACAAGAAAUUUAUAGGCUCUAAGAGACAGGAGGAUUACAGAAUCUACGUUGAAAAACGGAAUGUUGCCAAGAGAACUGUCAAAUUAGCAAAAAUCGAAUCCUGGGAAAAUUUUGGCAGAGAUCUACAAAAUUUGCAUGGACGUGAAAAUGGGCGAGCUUUCUGGAGAACGGUGAAACAGCUGAGAGGAAAAUUUGGAAAGCAGACUAGAUCAAUAGUGGAUGAAAAUGGAAGGUUGGUGUCACAGUUGGAGGAAGUGAUGGAGAGAUGGAGAAGGUACUACGAAAAUAAGUUCCAAAGAAAUGAGAAUGAAACAGGGUUUGACCAAGAUGAGCAUCAGCAAAUGAUGGAUGAAUGA